AAUAAAAUUCGCAGUCAUAGUGUACCACCAAGAUGAUGCCUUUACACUGGAUAGCAAAAACCUUUUAAAGAAUCAACAUAGCAACGCGCUGCAUUCAGAUAUUCUGGCGAUAGCUGUGCACAAAAUGAUAUCAGAUUUUACACUUGAAAUAACGUUUGCCAUAAAGGAGAUAUCGUCUAACUCACCCACGUGUGUGUACUUAGUAGAGCCACACGGGGACCAACAACCCUUAUGGUCAGGCAAGGGAUGCUCUGUGCGUCAUUUCAAUAGUUCUCAUGUUACUUGUGUCUGCAACCAUAUGACACAUUUCGGCGUGCUGAUGGCACCUUACAAUGCUAACUUUGAUAACCCUACCAUGACCAUUGUCACAGAAUCUGGAUGUGGUGUAUCCAUUGCAUGUCUAGUUUCUACCUGCCUGAUAUAUCUGAUUCUUUGGAAGAAAUUGAAGGGAAGUCACAAAAUUAUCUUGAUGAAUCAAUGCCUAUGUCUCAUCAUCGGGUACAGUUUCUUCAUUGUAGGCAUCAAAUUCAUAGAAAAUCGGGUGUUGUGUUCAGUUGUAGCUGCCUUCACUCAGUACUGGUUCCUAGCCUCAUUUAUGAUGGCGCUUAUUGAGGGCAUUGAAGUGCUUAAAGCCGUGGUCUUGGUUUUUCCGCAACAACGGGUGCAGAAAUACUUGUUCUUUUUAGGAUACGGUAUCUCGCUGGUAAUUGUUGGAGUCACAUUUGGUGCUACAGGAGGCGAAGGUUUUGGAACAGAUUUUAGGUCUGUUGCGUGGUACCACUAACUACUUUAAUGUAGCACGAAUUACAGUG